AUUUCAAAGAUUAUGGAUCCAAUUUAUUUGUUUAAUUGAUUGUUAUCCAAAAAACUCGCUCAGGUAAACACAAUAACUAAAAUUGCAGUUACUGAGUAUAAGAAAGUCAUGAUACUCCAAAUUUUUUAACUAAAGCGUACCUCGUUUUGGGGCACGAAAAAUUUUAAAGAGAAAACUUAGCAUUGUUAUGCUCGUCUGUUUUCACCCUGUAUUAAAUUAAAUAAAGUUAAACGUGAACAUCAAAAGCUAAACAAAUCUGGAAAACGUAUUGUCUGUGAGCUUUGUUUUGGUAUCGUAUUUCGAAUUUUAAAAUCACAAGUAUCAGUACAUAUACAUAUAUGUACCUCUCGAAAAGUACGAAGUUUUACAAAUUCCAAAUGAAGCUGUUGCAGGACAUUAUCUUAUAUUAAUUUUAGAAAAAAUAUGUAUAUUUGGACUUCGAACUAAGUUAACUUUUAUACAAAUUCAAAUUGCUACACCAAAUCGAAUAUGACGAAAAUGGCUGGGAAUUAUCGUAGUUAUAAGUUAUCAAUUUCCCAUGGAAUUGAAAAUGAUUCUAUUGUAACCGAAAAGCAAGAAAUUCAUUCCCAUCAACAUCGUGAAGUAGAUAUUGUCAAAAAACGUGCGGGGGGAAAUCCACACAAGCAAGAGGAAGAUCUAUGUUCAUUUAUUACAUCAAAAGAUCUAGCAGUCUCAACUACUACUGAGGCGACCAUCGGAGUAAGAAAUUGUACGCUGAAGAAUUACUUUGUGCCAUUGCAUGUAGACUGUAGCGUUGAAUACGAAUUGCCAAAGCAACAAAAAUCACCAGUGGGAAAGCGGUUUGAACCACUCCUUAUGAUUCAUCCAUGUUACUUUCGUAAAAUAGAGUCUCAGCAUCGAAGUCCUUUUAUUAACAAUAUGCCAAACUGUCGACAUAGAACUGCAAUGUUUGUUGGAGUAGCACUUGUUUCACAAGAGUUAAAUAAUACAUCACCAUAUUCAUCUAUCUCUUCGUUAAAAAAGGCAGGUGUUCGAGCUCAACAGCAUCAUUACAACAAAAGGCAACAUGUUAUUUCUCAGUAUGGACCGAUUAGCAAUACUAAUAAGAAUAAGUUUCCAAAAGUACAUACUCGCAAACAGCAAACAUCCCAACACAAUUUACCGUUAUUACCUCAACAAACUUGCUAUCCGGAGAGAAAUGAACAAUUGUUAGAUAAUUCGUUGGCACCUAAGCAAAAUGCUUUAGAUUUAUUCAAUAAGCCCAAUUACCAUCCAUUGAGCCAUUUCGACUCAACUAUACAAACAAAAACUAAGAGUAAUCAACAAGAUCUAUUAAAAAACUCCUCUCCAUCAAAAUUGAUAUCGGACCAAUGGGAUCAACUCACUGCGACAGCUAUUCACAAUCCAAAAAACGUAUCUUCUGCUUCUAAUAAUAAUAUUUGCGAUCGAAAGAAAUGUACAAUUGUAUCAAGUUUAAAACUAGGAAAACGUGAUGCAAUGAUAUCAGGCAGCGGUGAAUAUUUGAACAACUCGUUAUCAAUAAGUAAUAUCUCUAUUCAAAAAGAAUUGAAUAUGACCCUUGGCAAAAAUAUUAGCCUUUCGUCAAACUCGUUGAAGAAAAAAAAAACAAAUAAUGAAACAAGAAAAAACGGCUUAUCUUCCCCAUGUUUAGCACAAACAACUACGCUGCCUUGGGAUUCCAACACGAACGCAUUACCCUCAAUUUCAACGCGCGAUCAAAGUCUAUUGACAGCAAUUCCAAACAAUUUUCGGGCCGGAUCUAAUGUGUCGUUACCAAGAAAACCUAAUCAACACGAGUAUAAAAUAAUAAUUGACAAUAAUAUCGUUGGUAAAAAUGAUAUAAUAGCCAGAACUAGCCAUUAUUUAAAAUCACAUCCUUAUUUAAUAGGGACAUCAACACAAUAUGAUACUUUACCAUCCAAGUCAACAAUGACAGCUAUUGGAGAUUUUAAAAUCUUGCCUUCAUUUUCUGCAGCCAAAUCUGGUGUAGCUGCUUUAUCAGCAGUAACCUAAUUCCAAAAAAAAUUGCAUCAAAGUGUGAUAAAAUUACAAUAAAUUUAAAAUAAGUUCA